ACGGCGGAUGCGGAUGGGUGGACUGGGACGGAGUAUUUCAUUGAAGACAAUUACAAACGCCAUUACCAUUUUACGUAUGUGCCAUGUCGAAGAUCUCUUCAAAGUAGCCCUCUGUCUUCAUGGAUAUUUACAGAGAUAUUAGGCUACUCUCAAUCUAUUUGGACUUAAGUGGCGGGGUCGUUUUUGCGGAGGAAAUACGCCUUGCGAUCAGGAGAACAAGCAAUCAUUCGUGACCAGCCAAAGAUAAACAAGCCUCAUGAUAAGACUCAACACUGUCCUCCGGAGCUGUGUGUGGCUGUAGAACCCCGGAGAGCUGCCAUGUUGGCCUGCGUCCAGAGGCGGCAGAACCUCUCGUCCCAGCGCCUGGUCUGCGCCCCAAAGAUCCUGGAGGCUCCGCCCCUCACGAUCCAGCUACCGCCGCUGCCGUCACAGAGCGCCUCUCGGAAACAUGAGCUAGCCUCCAUGGCGCCGUCUCGCUACCCGUCAGCUGCUGAACUGGACGCCUUCGCCCAGAAGACGGCCAGCAGCCCUCUGUCCAUCAAGAUCUUUCCGUCCAACAUCCGCGUGCCUCAGCACAAGCAACUCAAUCGCACCGUCAAUGGCCUGGACACCACCGGCCCGCGCUACAGCCCCUACUCUGGGGGCUACCAGGGCCUGCUGGCCACGGUGAAGGCCUCGGUCCUGGGUCCUGGCGUGGUGAAAACCUCGGAGGGCAAGAGGACUAAACAUUCCCCAGAGCAAACGGCGGUGGCGCCCUACAACCCCGCCAGCCGGCAUGGACUCAAGGCCUUCCAUCGGCCCCCCAACGGGCCCGGCGUGACGGCGCCCUCUCACCUCGUGCCGGCUACCUCGGCCGUGUCCGGGACCGGUCAGACGGUGGCGUUGGGGCCCCAGGGCAUGCUGAGGCAGAUGGGCCGGCAGCCCCACAGCCAGGCCCUACCGAGGGGUGGGGGGGCCCAGGCCAGCCCCUUCCUCCAGGCUGUAGCUGCCGUGGCCUGCUCGGACUCUGGCUUCCCCCUCGGGGCUCCGGCACAGAGCGGCCUGGCCUACUCGGGGGCCGUGCUGCCCACGCAGAGCGCGGACAUCGCCAAGGCCGGCUACCUGGACGCGGUGGACUACGGCAUGUGGCAGCAGUACCACCAGGGGGCGCUGCGCAUGUACGGCAACUCGAGGGGAAGCAGCGGGGGAGGGGCUACCGUCAGCCGCUCCCCCGAGACCUGCCUCCCAUUGGCUUGCUCCUCCCAGCUCUCCUACAGGCCCCACCCUCUCAGCACAGGAGGAGACGGGGGCGGGGCUGAGCGUGUCAGCUCCUCCCCUCUGAACUGUGCAGCCAUGCACGGGGAGUUCUCCGUGGGGCAAUACUUUGCCCCGCCCUGGAACAGUCUCCUGGUCACCCCGGACAGCGACUGUUACACCUCCCAGGAGAUGCUGCCCGGAUCCUCAAUGGCCAGACCCAGGGACAUGGGCCUCUCCCACCCUCACCCCCACCCCCACCCCAGCCAACACCCGCACCCCGGUCUCCGCCACCUCCCCCACCCCCAGGCCUACAGCACAGACCAAAGCCUGGGGCUCUGUUGUGGCGUGGCGGGCAGCAGCCUGUGCCACGCGUCGGUACUGAGCAGCAGUCUGCAGUCUCUGGAGUGCCUGAUCAGUGAGAUCCACCCACCCUGCAUCAAGGAGCGCAUGCUGGGCCGGGGAUACAACGCGGCGGGCUUGCCCCACCUCCUGGACUACCCCCCCCACCAGCACCCGCAGCAACUCACCAGCCACAUCCAGCUACCGGUGUUCAGAUAGUAGUGUGUUCAUUUAGCAGACGCUUUAAAAAAUAUAUAUAUAUAUAUCCCUAGCGACGUACGGGGGGGGGGGGGGGGUAUUCGAAACCUGCCACUUCUCAAUGUGCUGUCGAAUGGUCUGACCACCGAGCGGUGACCGGAUAAGACCAGGGCACGCCACGCUGGACACACCGCAUGAUGACCAAGGGAAUCCCAACGAGAACUCACUGGCUGGCGGGGCGCCAUGUUGGAUAGACAAGGCUCCCGUGUGUCACCUGCCUUUUUAAUGUGAGCAUGAGCUGUACGUGUUGCUAGAGGGCUCUGUGUUAAGUAUGUGGUGUUGUAGAGUCUGAAAGGGUGAUCAUGAUAAUCAAUUAUGAAAAUAAUGACUGACCUGACUGACUAUCCUCUGACAUUUCACUUUUUAUUUGGGGGUGGGAUGUUUGUUGUCGUUGUUAUUGUUCUUGACCAAUCAGGUGACGUCUAACUGCUUCAGAUGAUUCCUGUGCUGUGUACCCAGUUCAAACUAGUCUGUUUAGGUACAGCAAAAUACCAUAGCCAUGAUUUAAGGUUUAUUUUGUAAUGUUUGUUUGAGUAUUUCAGGUGAGGUAAAAGUGUAUGGGCAGGCGAUCCUGAAAGCUCUUUACAAGGUGACAAGCACGCCAUUCCUACGUCUAGGAGAUGUGAUGAGCACAGUAGAGACUUUGACAUGACUUGCUGUUUCGGUGUGUCUCUUUUUACACUGAAAACCUACAUUCUCACCUUCCAUUCUCUUCUCUCACUGAGAUGAUCAGUGAUCGUGUUGGCUGAUUAGAAUGCUCUAAUUUGACUGAGAUUGGGUCGGCUAUGGUGUCUGGGGGGAAAAGGGUUUAAUUGAAAAGGAGAAAACUUGAAUAUGUAUUUUGCCGUGUGGAUAUUUAUAAAGGCAUAAAAUGCGUUGGCUGCUAAUUAGGGAUUCUUUGCUUCAGAAUUGUUUCAAAUGUUUAAUCUUUUUGUUGUUGAUGAUAUUGUUUUGUCUCUUCUUUCGUGAUUCCUGUCUGUUACCAGACUGUGUGUCUGGACAGAUGUCCACUAGAUGAGCGAUAGCCAUUAUGUUGUAUUAUUUAAAAAUGAUUCAAAUGACCCCUCAAAUCCAUAGGAUUAUCAGACUGUCAGUUAGGAGGUUACCAUUGCCAAACACAAGGCAUUGUGUGUCUUUCAUUGUGUCAUCGCCUCACAUCUCUGCAUCCAUCAUCACUACUGCAUAACCAUCCCAGGAUGUAGAUCAGGAUGUGGACAGACUCUCUGUUUUGUUCAUUUCUGCUUUUCUAAGACAAAGUUUCAACCUCCUGGCCCAGCUGUUGGACCCAGCAGAUAGUCGGUGGAGUCACAUGACCCCGUCUGGUUAAUAAUAAUGUAUUCACUUAGCAGACGCUUUAAUCCAAAGCGACGUACAGGGAUUAGAUCUACAGUCAAAUGCUCUAACCACUGAGUUACUCCCGUCAUGGUUCACUGGAGGACUAUGAACACCAUGUUGGGGACACAGCGCGAGCCACACUGGAGAACACCGUUCACAAUCAUUCCCUGUCAGACUGUCUGAAGCUCUCUGCUGUGGCUGGACUAGUUUCCUGUCAAGGGCUCGAUCUGUGCUGGUCUGAGAGGUCUCCAGGUCUAAGCGACUCUUGUAUGUCUGUUUUUAGGAUGCUGACUGUUUGGGCUUCUGUAACCUGUCAGGGUUAUGGUGAAUUAAGACAUUCUUAACUGGCUUGAUGAUUAUAUAAAGUGCAAUUAUUAUAACACAAGAGCCCUCUCUAAAAAAAAAAGUUAAAAAGGAAAUACAAAAAAAACAAAAUGUUGAUUUGACAAUGUAUGACCCCAGUACCUUUCCCACUACCCUGUCCUGUUCUUGAUUAA